GGGGCCGGCGCGGGGCUGGGGCUGCCCCCGCACGCCUAGUUUCACUUGGGUACAGCCUUCUCCUUCCCUCCCUGUCCUAAAACUGUGGGACAGCGUGACUGUUGAGCAGCCGCUGUGUUCCACCCCAGAAGCUGCUGCAUUUCAGAAUGCCUGGGUGAAGCGAGGCUCAGACACUUCAUUCGCAAAGCCCGCUGGGCUGAAAAGCACCGUAGACAUCUCAGGGGGGCUCCGAGCUGGAGAUGAAGGCGGUGGCCUGACACCGAGGGCCAUUCCGUUCACGAGAGGGAGCCCCCGGCCAUGGGCAGUCACGAGAAGGAGCUGGCCUCCCCCCGGAGGGUGCCGUCCAGGUCCAACAGCACCGUGUCUUCCAAGCACAGCAGCGCUCACCAGGGCUCUGAGUGCUGGGAGGUGGUGGACGAGCCCCGGAGCAGGACCGGGCCCGGUCAGGAGCUGGAGCGGCACGAGGGCUACCUGCUGAAGAAGAGGAAGUGGCCCCUGAAGGGCUGGCAUAAGAGAUACUUCAUGCUGGAGGAGGGGAUCCUGAAAUACGCCACCACGCGCCAGGAUGUCCUCAAGGGCAAACUGCACGGCUCCGUCGACGUCCGUCUGGCCGUCAUGUCCAUCAACAGGAAAGCGCAGCGCGUGGACCUGGACACGGAGGAGAACAUCUACCACCUCAAGAUCAAAUCCCAAGAGCUCUUUACCAGCUGGGUGGCCAAGCUGUGCUCCCACCGCCUGGCGGAGAAGCCCAAGUGCCCUGUGCCCACGGGGGGCCCGGAUGGGCGAGUCCCGCCCCCCGCCCAGGGCUACGGCUCCCGGAACCGCGUCCUGCCGUCGGACGGCGCCCCGGCCCUCUCUGCGCUGACCAGCCCCCGGGACAAGGUGAACGCCUGGCUGAAGGACAGCGAGGGGCUGGAUAGGUGCUCGGCAGAGCUCUCCGAGUGCCAGGGGAAGCUGCAGGAGCUGAACAAGUUGCUCCAGAGCCUGGAGACCUUGCACCGCAUCCCGUCCGCGCCCCUCAUCUCCAACAGCCAGGCCUCGGCAGCUGCAGAGAGACCCAAAAAGGGGAAGCGAACCACCAGGAUGUGGUGCACCCAGAGCUUUGCCAAAGACGACACCAUCGGCAGGGUAGGCCGUCUGCACGGCUCCGUCCCCAACCUCUCGCGCUACCUGGAGUCGAGCCAGAGCCAGCCGGCCUUCAGCCUCCCCCCGGAGUACAGCCAGCUGCAAAGGAACUUCUGGACCCUGGCCCAGAAAGUGCACGGGUCCCUCAGCAGCGUGGUAGCCGCGCUGACCGCGGAGAGGAAUCGCCUCCAGGAGAUGCGGCGGGCGCUGGAUUUGCAACGCCGGGCGGGCGGUGCCAGGAACGCAGCCGUGGCCGGGGCUCCCUCGCACAACCCGGACCACACGGAGUAUCUGCGGCGUUUCCACUCCCUCUCCAUCUCCUCCGACGCCACGCUCGCCUCGUUCACCUCGCUGCACCCGGACGAGCCUGACGCCCACCUGGCCAAGGGGCGGGAGCAGCAGCUGUCCAAUCGCAGCAUCGUCUCGCUCUCGGACUCGCACACCGAGUUCUUCGACGCCUGCGAGGUCUUCCUGUCCGCCAGCUCCUCCGAGAAUGAGGCCUCCGACGACGACGAGUCCUGCAUGAGCGAGGCCACCAACAGCCUCUCCGACGAGGCUGGGGGGGACGGGCGCUUCCAGAGAGCAGGCCGAGGCGCGGCGGACGGGGGGCCUGCGCUGUGCGCGUCCGAGCCGGGAGUGGGGGCGCUGCCGGCUCCCCUGCCCCUACCCCUGCCCGUGCUGCUGCCCGCGAGGCUCCCGCGCCGGAGCUGUCUGCCGGCCCCCAGCGUCCCCGCCGGCGACGUCAGCCUGUGGAACAUCCUGCGCAACAACGUGGGCAAGGACCUGUCCAAGGUGUCCAUGCCAGUGCAGCUCAACGAGCCGCUCAACACCCUGCAGCGGCUCUGCGAGGAGCUGGAGUACAGCGCCCUGCUGGACGCCGCCAGCCGCUGCGCCGACCCCUGCGAGCGCCUGGUCUGCGUCGCUGCCUUUGCUGUCUCUGCCUACGCUUCCACCUAUUACCGUGCGGGCAGCAAACCCUUUAACCCCGUCCUGGGCGAGACAUAUGAGUGCGUUCGGCCGGACAAAGGCUUCCGCUUCAUCAGCGAGCAGGUUUGCCACCACCCGCCUGUCUCCGCCUGCCACGCAGAGUCAGACAACUUCAUCUUCUGGCAAGACAUGAAGUGGAAAAAUAAAUUCUGGGGCAAGUCCCUGGAGAUCGUCCCCAUGGGGACCGUGAACGUCAAGCUGCCCAGGUUCGGGGACCACUUCGAGUGGAACAAGGUGACGUCCUGUAUCCACAACAUCCUGAGCGGGCAGCGCUGGAUCGAGCAUUACGGCGAAGUCCUGAUCCGCAACGUCCGGGACAGCAGCUACCACUGCAAGAUCACCUUCUGCAAGGCCCGGUACUGGAGCUCCAGCGUGAACGAGGUGCAGGGGGCCGUGCUGAGUCGCGGGGGGCAGGUGAUCCACCGGCUCUUCGGCAAGUGGCACGAGGGGCUGUACCGCGGCGCCUCCCCCGCCGGGCAGUGCCUCUGGAAACCCAACCCCAUGCCCCGAGAGCUUGAGAAGAACUACGGCUUCACGCAGUUCGCCCUGGAGCUGAACGAGCUGACGCCGGAGCUCAAGCGUUUCCUGCCCUCCACGGACACGCGGCUGCGCCCCGACCAGCGGUAUCUGGAGGAAGGCAACGUGCAGGCCGCAGAGUCCCAAAAGCGCCGGAUCGAGCAGCUGCAGAGAGACCGGCGCAGGGUCAUGGAGGAUAACAACAUCUUCCACCAGGCGCGUUUCUUCAGGCAGCAGACGGACCCCGGCGGCAAGGAGUCCUGGGUCAGCAACGACACCUACUGGAAGCUGCGGGCGGAGCCCGGCUACGCCAACCUCGACAGCCCCGUGCUGUGGUAGCAGCGGCAUCUGGGGGCCGCCCUGCCCAGCUCUCUGGGCCCCUGCCUCCCAGGCACGUAGGGACUAGUGGGCAGGGUCUGGGGCA